UUAACCAAUAGAAAACUCUUUUGUGCGCACUUCCGGCUUUUCGUGUCGGCGCUUACAAGAUGUCCGAUAGUGCUGAGUCCCCAACAGAAACUCAGAAAGAAGAGACACAGCCACCUCCAGAUGACUCUGCGACGAACGACGACAAGAAAAAAAUCGACGUGCUGUUGAAGGCCGUCGGGGACACUCCCAUAAUGAAAACCAAAAAGUGGACAGUGGACAAGGGAAGGACUGUGCAGUCCCUCGCACAGUUCAUUACUCGCUUUCUCAAGCUUGAUGCCAGUGAACAACUAUUUAUUUAUGUAAACCAGUCUUUUGCCCCCUCCCCGGAUCAAGAAGUGGGGGUUCUUUUUGAUUGCUUUGGCAGUGAUGGCAAGCUGGUUCUGCAUUACUGUAAAUCUCAAGCGUGGGGUUAACUGAUGGCCGUCUUCUUAAAAACUUUCCCUGAAAAACACAAAUUUUUUUUUUGCUACUUUAUUGUUCUUCUCUUUAAGUCUUAAUGUACAUAAAUAUUGUAAAUAAAUUAUUGACACAAAAGA